CGGAACUCGAGAAGCUGAAAAAGUGUGUGAAAUUUUGGCUUUAAACUUAAACUAAACAACGAAAUGGCCGAUAAUCAAGAUGCGGAAAUGAACAGUGCCGGUGAGGAGACGCAGGAUAAUGGAAUCAACAACCAAACAGCACCGGUAACAGGAGGAUCUUCCGCUGAUCAAGCCGGUGGAGGGGGAUCUUCCGGAGAGAACAACGCGCGGGAUGACGAUAGAAAAUUGUUUGUUGGUGGCCUUAGCUGGGAAACUACGGACAAGGAGCUAAAGGAGCAUUUCGGAACAUACGGCGACAUCGAGAGCAUCAACGUUAAGACCGAUCCGGUCACUGGCCGAUCGCGUGGUUUCGCCUUUAUCGUCUACAAACAGGCAGAAUCGAUCGACAAGGUGGUAGCUGCCGGAGAUCACAUCAUUAACAACAAGAAGGUCGACCCGAAGAAAGCGAAGGCACGCCACGGAAAGAUCUUCGUCGGUGGACUAACCACCGAAAUCAGCGACGAUGAAAUCAAGACCUUUUUCGGACAGUUUGGCACCAUCGUCGAAGUGGAGAUGCCGUUCGAUAAGCAGAAGAACCAGCGCAAAGGCUUUUGCUUCAUCACGUACGAUUCCGUGCAGGUAGUGAACGAACUGCUGAAGACGCCGAAACAGACGAUCUGCGGAAAGGAGGUAGAUGUGAAGAAAGCGACGCCGAAGCCGGACAACAAUAUGCCACCGAUGGGCCCAAUGGGUGGACGCGGUGGUGGUAUGCGCGGUCAGGGCCCGCGAGGUAUGCGUGGCGGCCGUGGUGGACCAGGCGGACCAAAGGGUUAUGGUCAGGGUUGGGGUGGGCAAGGGUACGGAGGGUACGGUUACGAUCAGGGCUAUGGGUAUGAUGACUUCGGGUAUGGCGGGUUUGACGGUGGAUUCAUGAACGGUGGUCGUCCCGGUGGCCCACGAGGAGGUGGUAAGGGUGGUCCAGGUGGAUAUGGUAAACAGCGCGGUGUUGGGGGCGGUGGUCGCCAACCUCGUCAUGCGCCUUACUAACCGAAGGAGAGUCCAUUCCGUCAGUAAUCAUCCUUUACAUUUUGGUCAUUCAGUAUCCUGAAGCUGAUAAUUCAAUAAGAUAAACAGUUUUAAGCGUUCAAGACUAGUUUCAAAAUCAAACGAGUUAGCGCAAAUCGAACGGUAAUAGGACAAGAAAUGCCAUUGAAUUACGAAUUUAAUUUCUAAUUUGCAUUCAACUGUAGAACCAUCCUGUAAAGAGAUUAAAUUGUACAUCAGCUAGAGGCAAAUUAUGCCAAAAACAUCCUGCUUACGGGCAUUUCCACAAUUUAAAGUCCUUUUCUUAAAAUAUACAAAACAAAGAUACAUUCGAUAAUCUGUUGCAAGUACCUUCAAU